AUGGACACAGUGCUGGAGCAGUUUACAGGACUGGAGUCCUUCCCUUCCCCAUACUUCGAUGAAGAAGACUUCUUCACCGACCAGUCCUCCAGGGACCACCUGGACGCCGAGGACUUUUUGGAGGACGAUGUGGACUUCUUGACCGGCCAGAUCCAGGACUAUUAUAAGGACAGCCGCAUCCUGCACGGGGAAGACUACUGCGACGCCGGCAACUUCUCCUUCUCGUCCACCUCGUCCUCUGGGGGCUUCCCCUACGACUGCGGGGAGGUCGGCUGCGACCUGUCCCCGGGCAUGAAGGGCACCGGCUGUGGUGCUGUGAAGAGGAGGAGGAGGAUGAGGUCCGACGCGGAGAUGCAGCAGCUCAGACAGGCGGCCAAUGUCCGAGAGCGCAGGAGGAUGCAGUCCAUCAAUGAUGCCUUCGAGGGUCUCCGGACCCACAUCCCCACCCUGCCCUACGAGAAGAGACUCUCCAAGGUGGACACCCUGCGGCUGGCCAUCGGUUACAUCAACUUCCUCAGCGAGCUUGUGCAGUCAGAUCUCCCCCUGAGGAACCCAAAUACCGAGAGCUCUCUGCAACCCAAGAAGGUCAUCAUCUGCCACAGAGGAACAAGAUCUCCAUCUCCAAGUGACCCAGAUUAUGGUCUUCCUCCUCUAGCUGGCCAUUCUCUAUCCUGGACCGAUGAGAAACAACUCCGGGAUCAGAACAUUGUUCGGACAGCCAAAGUCUGGACACCAGAAGACCCCAGGAAACUAAACAAAUCAUCUCUGAACAACAUCGAAAAUGAGCCACCCCUGACGCUUUGUGUGGACGUUUAA